GAAUGAGCGCGCACACUGUUUUCUUUGGCAACCGUUCAUUUGUGUUUAGGCAGCGCUCAGACGGUAAAAAUAUCCUGAAAGAAUUAACAAUCUCGACACGCUAGCGAAUAGCGGAAACAGAAAAGAGAUAUCUUCGAAUGCACUAAGCUCUGAGCAUUAUCUAGAGUUAAAUCUCCAAACAGAGCAAGAUGCUAUUUUUUCGAUAUCAGAUUCUAUGGUACGUGUUUUUGACUGCACUGGUGUUGGCCACUCAAAAUGUAAUGAGCCGAAAAAGUAAAUGUGACAAGAAAUGCAUUGAUAUUCUCCGUGAAGCCCAAAAAAAUCCGCCUCCAAAAUCCAGAGUGGCUAUACACACUGGUUAUUGUAAGGCAAGAUACGUUUGCCGAAAAGGAACUGACAUAAGAACUUGCAAGAAUGGAAAGUGGAUCGCAAGCAAAACACCCAAGUGUUCAGUAUAUUGCGGCAAACCCGAUGACAUUCCACACGCCACAUUCUCUGGUUCCCGUUUCAGCGCCAACCAUAAAAUAAAGUACAGAUGUGAUCAUGGCUAUGUACUCGAAGGACCAAAAAGAAGGAAAUGCGGAAAAGACGGACAGUGGUCCCAGGCUCCUAAAUGUUCACCAAGAUCAUGUGGAAAACCCGAGGACAUUCCUAAUGCUAACGUGAGCGGCUUAAGUUAUAACUACGAGGAUACUUUAAAAUACACUUGUUCAAAAGGUUAUCGACUUCAUGGACCGGAAAGGAGAACGUGUCUUCAUAAUGGGAAAUGGUCAAGUGGUCCGACUUGUACACAAAUCCGUUGUGUAAAGCCACGAAGACUUGUCAUUCGAAAUGGAAAUGUCACCACCUCUGACCCUGAAUACCUGUAUGGAGCUACCCUUGCAUUUGAGUGUAACGAAGGGUAUGAGCUACGAGGCAGUGACACGAUGACUUGCCUCAAAUUUGGUUGGAGCCCCAGAAGAUCACCAUAUUGCGCUAUAAAAUCUUGUCCAGAUCCUGGGAGACCAGAGAAUGGUGAUCGUUACUAUCAAGAUCGAUAUUUUAGAAUUGGUAGUACAGUGCAGUUUUCCUGCCAGUCUGGUUUCCAAUUGUCUGGCUCAAGGGAAAGGACUUGCCAGGAGAAUAAGGAAUGGAAUGGAACUUUGGCCACAUGUCAAGAUGGAAAUACCGACUGUCCCGUUCUAGGUACUCCAAUAAGCGGACGUAAAUACGGCAGCGGAUACAACAAGGGAGACAUUGUAUCAUUCGAAUGUAAACGCGGGUUUCUUCUUAAGGGGUCCGCAGUAAGAAAAUGCUUGGAUAGCGGAGCUUGGAAUGGCACGGACGCAAUUUGUCGGGAUGAAUUCGAAGAUCGGUUUAAGGGUGUUAACGUCACUGCCUACAAUCUUCGCAAAAAUCUGCUUGAUCCUUUAUCAGAGUACACGUGUAACAGCGAUAACAGCACUGGAUGCAACAGGACAAGUAUUCGUGUCAUGGAUUUCAGAGGCAGAGCCAUUAAUUUGAACUCAAGGGGUGGCUUAGAUCUUGUGUUCGUCAUCGAUGCAUCAAGCAGUGUGAGAAAGCUGACUGAUUUCAAGUUUGGUUUGGAAUUUGCAAAAGAGCUGGUUAGAACCAUUGGCGCCAGCAAAAGAGCUGAUGGAACACGAGUAGCAGCCGUGACUUUUGGGACGGACGUGAAAGUUGAAUUUAACUUAGGAGACGCAAAGGUCGACACCAUGGAUAAAGCAAUCAAAGCCAUUGAUGAUAUAAUCUACAUUGGGGGAGCUACGGCCUCAGCACUUGCUUUACAAGAGGUCAAAGAUGUCGUUGUGCCACAAGCUCGUCCCGACAGACACCGUGUGUUGAUGUUCAUCACCGAUGGAAUGUCUAACAUUGGGGGUCCGCCUAAAAAGUUAGCGAAGCAUCUUCGUGAACAGGAAAACUUUGAGAUCUACGCAAUAGGAGUUGGAAAGAAAGUUCGCGCUCGUGAACUGAUGGAUAUAGCCUCACCUGAAGCAGCCGAUAAUCAUGUGCUCCAUGUCAGAGACUACAAUCAUCUUCAGAAAGCCAUCAAGAGAGCGACUUACAUCAAGAUCGAUUAUAAACCCUGUGGUGUAAGUCCGGUUGACCUGAGGGCGAGAAUGGUCGGUGGCAAGAAUUCGAAAAGAGGCUGGUGGCCCUGGCAGAUUGGACUACGCAGGCUCAACUCAGACGGGAAACUUGUGCUUAUCUGCGGCGGUGCUCUGAUUUCUCGUCGUUGGGUUCUUACGGCUGCACAUUGUUUUUACCACAAAAAUUUUCAUGGGGCUAGUGUUUUCGACGAUUUGUCCAAUAAGUACCAAGUGAUAGCGGGUGACCACCACUUGGUGAGGGUUGAAAAAUCUCAGAUGGAUGUGGAGGUGAAGAAGAUUUUUGUUCAUCAAGAUUACAUCGAUAAAAAAUUCGCAAGUGACAUUGCUUUGGUCAAACUCGACAAGGAAGUGGAACUUGGCCCCUUUGUACGGACACUGUGUAUUCCAGAAAAGGAUGACGGCGAUUUGGCAAUCCCUAAAAAAUUCGGCAUAGCAACAGGUUGGGGUGUAACGCAAGCCUUGAAACUUGGAGAAAUACCCAAAGAAGAAAAACGCUACUCAGCCCGUCUUCAGUACUCAGCCUUCACAAUUCAAAGCGACGAACUCUGCGCUAACAAAUCAGGGAAAUACUUUUUCAACUCUACAGUGAUGUUUUGUGCCGGGGAUGGGAAGGGAGGAAAUGAUACUUGCCAUGGUGACAGUGGAGGAGCUUUCGUACGUGAGGCAGAAAGAGGAGAAGACUUCCGUUGGGUGGCUACUGGGCUGGUCAGCUGGGGAGUGGGCUGCGCACAAAAGGAUCAGUAUGGAUACUAUACUAGGAUGUAUCCAUUUACUGAUUGGAUAAAGAAAACUAUGGAAGAUAACUCAUAGUAAAAUGACUGAGCUGGUUCAAUACAUGUUCGAGUAUCUCUUCUUCGUUUUAAAAUGAAUAUUAUCUUUUGUAACUAGUGCGGUGAUAGUGCCGAGGAAAAAUUUCCUUAUGGGCUGAGGCUUAAAACUGAUUUGGAAGUCGUUUGUAAACAAAGUCUUAAAAAUCAUGCGAAAAUCGUUGCUAUAUCAUUUCUCAACUUUAAUCUGAUGUCCAAUUAUGCAUUUUGCUUCAAAAGCCGGAGCUUUUGUAGGUUAAUGCUCAGAUUGAUAGUAGGGCUGUGUCUUUUUUUUUUCGGUUUGUAAUCAAAGAAAAUCGCCGAUGAAUAUAAAAUGGUUUCUUUCUUACUUUCUUAAUUAAGUAAUCAUGACAGAAGCAAUAUAUUUUAAGGAAGGAAAUUAAAGUCCUAUUCUCCUUUGGGGUCA